AUGGCUGCAGGUCAUACGCGCUACGUGCGCUACAUUGCGCUCGCGCUUUUCACGCUCACUAUGUUCUACUUCUUCUCCAAUUCCAAGAUCGAUACCAUCCCCGUUCCUGGCAGUGUCGGUAACUUCCCAGGCGGUCCUGGAAGCCCCAGCCAGCAGCAGCAAGCUCCUGGCACCAUCCCCAAGUCCCCUGAUGCCGGUAACAACGUCAACUUCCCCGGCCAGCAAGCACCUGUUGCUGAGGAGGGAGACACUGCCCUCACCAAGGACGAUGCUCCUGCUCAGAAGCCCGCCGGUGAGGGUGCCGGUGCUGCUGGCGAUGCCCCCGCUGUUCCUGCUCCUCAGACUCCCAAGGAGGGUCCUGCUUCUGGCCAGCUUGUUGAGGCUCCUCUGGCUAUGUCCCCCAACGACCCUGGCUGGAGCAACCUCCAGGGCACUGCUCCCGGUCCCCGUAUGAACGCUACAUUCGUUACUCUUGCCCGAAACCAGGACGUCUGGGAGAUUGCCGAGUCCAUUCGACAAGUCGAGGAUCGUUUCAACCGCCGAUAUAACUACGACUGGGUCUUCCUCAACGACAAGCCCUUCGAUGAGCAGUUCAAGAAGGUCACCACCUCUCUCUGCUCUGGUAAGACUCACUAUGGUCUGAUCCCCGAGGAGCACUGGUCUUUCCCUGAGUGGAUUGACCAGGAGAAGGCCCGCAAGGUCCGUGAGGAUAUGCACGAGCGAAAGAUUAUCUAUGGUGAUUCCAUCAGCUACCGUCACAUGUGCCGAUUCGAGUCUGGUUUCUUCUUCCGACAGGAACUCAUGAUGAACUACGAGUACUACUGGCGUGUUGAGCCCUCUGUCAAGCUCUUCUGCGACAUCCACUACGACCCCUUCCGUGUCAUGCACGAGAACAACAAGAAGUACAGUUUCGUUCUCUCCCUCUACGAGUACAUCGACACCAUUCCUACCCUCUGGGCUAGCACCAAGAAGUUCAUGCAGAACCACCCCGAGCAUAUCUCUUCCGAUAACUCUAUGCGCUUCCUCAGUGAUGACGGUGGUGAGAACUACAACAAGUGCCAUUUCUGGUCCAACUUUGAGGUUGGUAGCUUGUCCUGGCUCCGCAGCAAGCCUUAUCUCGAUUUCUUUGAGUCUCUCGAUAAGGACGGUGGUUUCUUCUACGAGCGAUGGGGUGAUGCUCCCGUCCACUCUAUCGCUGCUGGUCUUCUCCUUAAGAAGGAGCAGAUUCACUUCUUCGAGGACAUCGCCUAUUACCACGUUCCUUUCACUCACUGCCCCACUGACGAGCAGCGACGUCUGGAUCUCCGUUGCCACUGCAACCCCGAUAACAACUUUGACUGGAAGGGUUACUCUUGCACUUCUCGAUUCUUCGAGCUCAACGGCAUGGAGAAGCCCAAGGGCUAUGAGAAGCAGCAGUAG